AUGGUAUGGCUGCGCGUGGCGGCGGUGCUCAUCUCCGUGCAGUUGGCCCUCGAUCAUCUCGUGUUGGCAUCGCUGGAGGAGGCUGACGGCGGGGGUGACGGGGUGCUGGUGGUGGGGAGGGCGGGGAGGGUGCGCGCGGCGGAGGGAGUGGAGAAGAGAGAAGUGGAGGACGAAGAGGAGGAUCUACAUGUGGAGGAGUCCAUCUCAGCACCAAUCUACGUGACCAUCGUGCAGACAAACAACGAUGGAGACCCGUUCAUCCACUACCCUCCACCUCCUCCUCCUCCUCCACUUCCUAAAUAUCACCCCAACCCAACUCUUCCUCCACUUCCACCUCCACCGAAAUAUAGUCAUCCUUCUCCACCUCCUCCUCCUCCUCCAGCUUACCAUCAUGUCACCCCAUACCACCCUCCUCCUCCACCUCCUCCACCUCCACAUAAGUACAAACACAGUAUUGAGGUGGAUACGAAAUACUACCACGCCUCCGAUCCACAUGAGCCUAGCUACCACAAACCUCAUUUCUUUAGGGAGGAUGUUUUUGUUAAGGACUUCCACCCGCCUCCACCACCACCACCCCUGCCUCUACCCAAGCACCACCACGGACCACCACCUCCACCACUGUACCACCCACCUCCACCCGUGCAGGCGUACCACCAAGUUGACGUGCACCACCUAGAUUCGUACCAUGCGCCUCCGCCUCCACCUCAUCCACAUGGGUUUGGGUACCAUGUGGAUAGCGUGGUAGGAUACGGAGCACCCCCUUACGUGGAUUUGACACCUGUUUACAAGGAGCCGAUUGUCAGGGUGAAGAAGGAGUACAGGAAGGGGUCAAGGUCGUUCGAGUCGUCCGUGGAAAACCUUGGGAAGCUCACAGUGGACCGGGAACGACUCUACGACGACCCUCCGCACUACGGGUUCGUGAAGGCAAAGUACGAGUCAUCAAAGUAUGGCCACGACGACUAUGACCACCACCACGACCACGACGACCACCACCACAGCCACCAUCAUCACCACAGGUACUCAGAUGGGAAGCACUAUGCUUAUGACGACCAUUACCCUCCCCACCACGACCACGAGUAUGGGAAAGACGACCACGGGAGCUACAAAGACCCUCACCCCCACGACCACGGGAGCUACAAAGACCCGCACCACCCCCACGACCACAAAUAUGGGAAAGACGACCACGGGAGCUACAAAGACCCUCACCCCCACGACCAUGGGAGCUACAAAGACCCUCACCCCCACGACCACAAGUACGGGAAAGACGACCACGGGAGCUACAAAGACCCUCACCCCCACGACCACAAGUAUGGGAAAGACGACCACGGGAGCUACAAAGACCCUCAUCCCCAUGACCACAAGCAUGAAAAAGACGACUAUGGAGGUUACGACGACCCGCACCACCACCACUACGACCACAAGCAUGUUAAAGACGACUACGGAGGUUACGACGACCCCCACCACCACCACGACCACAAGCAUGAAAAAGACGACUAUGGAGGUUAUGACGACCCCCACCACCACCACAAGCAUGUUAAAGACGACUAUGGAGGUUACGACGACCCCCACCACCACCACCACCACGACAAAUAUGGGAAGGACGACCCCCACCACCCUUACGACCACCACAGCGACGACCACGGAUAUGAGGACGACUAUCGAAGCAAAGAUGACCACUACCAUCACCACGACCACAAGUAUGGAAAGGACGACCAUGGAAGCUACAAAAACGACCACCCCCACCACGACGACCACGCGGAUGAGUACAAGGCCCCCCACGACCCUCCCUACAAUUGAGGGUGGAUUCAGAGACGACCUGCAACGACUACGGUUUGGCCUAACACCUCCAACCUCCUCCAUCACCACCACCACCACCACCACCACCACUUUUCCUCCUCCUCUUCCUCCUCCCCCUCCUCCUCCUCCUCCUCCACAGCCCACCAGCACACGUCCUGAGUCACACCAAGGAGUCAAGGAGGAAGAAAUUGAGUCACUCGCCACACUCAGUCUGCAGAGGCUCACCACAAGACACACACUGCCUCCGCAAGCCCUCGUGACUCCAGCUGCUGGUUCACACGACUCACACUCAACCGAAGCCUCUGAGACAGCGAAUGAAGCACCGAAUGAAGCAUCACCUGCAGCUACAACACCAAUAGCGAUCUCUGCGGGGGAUUCAGCAGUGUUAUUGAUAGGUAGUGAUUCCAGCACCAACAGACCCACCGCCAAAGAGCAACUCAAGACGGUCAGGACAACGAAAAACGGCACAUUAAUACAGGAAGAUUCGAACGGCAGGGAGAGCAACGAGGACUUGUUCGAAAUCCUAAACGUGGCCAAGACUUCGGAUGACUCUCAAGUCCACCCGAACGCCCUCGACAAACUGGCGGCUUUCUUCCUCCAAAACAUAGACGAUGAAGACAAGGAAGUGACCCAAGAUGCGACACUGGUCAUUGCGUCACCGGGACCGAACCAGAGAGUGAGACUGUCCACCACGCCGCCGAUACCCAACACUACGCUGGGACGGUCCGUUCUGCACUUCCCGACCGAGUUGCCUUCGCCUCCAGUUACUGAGUGUAAAUGUGACUUCAGACCCAUCGUAGACUCAUCAAAGCCACGCACUUCCAUCCAGGGUUUAGGAGGUGCAUCAAAAUCGCUCCCUGUUACGGAUAUACAAGCCUCACCCAUCAUCUUCCUUACCGAGGCGACUCUCUCUCUCAACAACAGUACUCACGCAGCACAAGUCAACGAACAGCAACACGAAGACCAACACCACCACGAACAAGAACAAGAGCAACAAGAACAAGAACAACAACAACGGCGAGUACGAGAACAGCAACAACAACAAAUACAACAAGAACAAGAGCAGCAACAAGUACAGCGAGAACAUCAACGCCAUCAACAACACCAAGAACAGCACGUACAAGAACAAGAGCAACAAGAACAAGAACAGCAACAACGGAGAGUACGAGAACACCAAGAAGAACAAACACAAAGAGAACAAGAAUCCCGACAACAACAACAACAACAACAACAACAACAACAACAACAACAACAACAACAACAACAACAUCAACAAGUAUCAGCAGCAAUGUACGGCAGAAUGUCCCAAAUGUACGACACGUCAAUCCAAGCGAGUGAUAUGUACGCCACCAUCACCACCAACACCACCACCACCACAACCGCACGGCCUCCGGGAUGGAUAGUCGUGUCACCGCGUUAUCAGAGCGCGCCUUCCUCGGACCAGUCUUGGGCCAGGGACCGCGACAAGACCCUCCCCGUCCAUUUCCAGCUGUAGGAGAUUAAGUUAUCGAGGGGUUGCCGUUCGUAUAGUUGGGUUGUUAAGAGUUUGUUUGUCAGUUUGCACGCGUGUUAUUUCAGUUAGUGUUCAUAUCGGGGGAAAUAAUACUCCUGAAAAUAAGAAUGAGGUGGAAAAUGGAAUGUUUAUUUAUAUUUUGUUUAUUUUAGUUUACGACUGUCAGCUUAUUUCUUUCAAGAUAUUACUACUACUACUACUACUACUACUACUACUACUACUACUACUACUAC